GGCUCUGAAGACAUUGAAAAUAGAUUCAGGGUCUUUUGGACAUCGGUGGCAUGGUGGUGUAGUGGGUAGCGUAGCCACCUCACAGCACCAGGGACCUGGUUUGAUUACUGUCUGUGUAGAGAUUUGCGUGUUUUCACUAGGUUAUCCAGUUUCCUGCCAGCACCAGUAAGUGGAUUGGCUGUUCGAAAUUGCCACUAGGUGUGCAUAGUUCCCUGUGAUGGACUGGCAUUCAAUCCAGGAUGUAUUCCUUCCUCAAGCCCAUUGUUCCAAGGAUAGGCUCCAGAUCUACCGCCACCCUGACUAGGAGACACUCAGAUCAGCACCGGAGCAGACCAGCCCAAGAGACAAUGCGCUCAUAGAGGAAUGAUCAUCAGGCCUAAACUCCACCGCCUUCCUGCAGACAUGUGACACAAAGCGUGCCACAUGUGCAGUGAGCAUGUGACUCAGUAAUCUGCAGUCUGGGGGCAGUUUCCCAUGAUGCUUUGCUGCAGAGAGCUUCACGCAUCAAUGCACAGCACAGCAUUGUACACUGUAGGCUUGUAGAUUUCUAGUUAUCGGAUAUGAUGAGUCUCGUUUGUGAGCACUGUGACCCAGGUUAUUACUUGUACUGUUUGUGGAGAGAUAAAGCAUGUUAUUAAGAGGGUGAUACUUAUGAUUAGAGUGAAUAUAAAAUUAUGGCAUACUUAUACAGUGACUCUAUUUGCACUUUACAUAGGUCUAUGUCAAGCUUGAAUAUUUUGUCCAACUGUUUGGGUGGGAUGAAAAUACAUUAAAUGAUCUUUUUUUUUUCGUGGUGUUUCAGGACGCAAAGUCGAUUCAUUACAUAUAUACAAAUAUGAAUGAAUACGGUUCAUUCUAGAGAACAAAAAAUUUUCAUAGAGGACAAGAAAUGUACUAAAUACGUUCAAAACACGUUCUUAUGAUUAACAGUAUGCAUGAAUAGGGAUUUUGACACUAUUACCAGUAGAGACCCAUAGGGACUACUAUAGUUUCCAUUAAAACCAAUACAAUUCCCAUUACAACCAUUAAAACUAUUACAAACUCUUUGAGGAUUCUUUUUGUUUGUUUGUUUUUGUUUGUUUCUGCAGGGUCAAUUAAGAUGCCUUAAGCUUAGUGAUAUGUUUUAUUGUAGGACUUUUGAUUUCACAUUUUGCAUUGUUUUCCAAAGUAAAAUACUGAUAUCUUUGGAGUCGACUCAUAAUUCCCAACUCCAGUUUUGAGAAUCAUCUCUUCUGGAUUGACUCUUAACCAUUACUCAAAUUACUUUACUCUCCUACAUGUGAUUGCUUGUAUUAAUAAAAUAAAAAUAAAAACAAACAAACAAAAAAACAAUGCUAAGCCUUCUUGAGGACAACAUUUCUUGUUACAGAUGAUUCUCAACUCAAUAUUAAGUCCAACAGUGUGGAAAUGAUUAGACAAGGUUUUUUUUUUUUCUUCUUUGCAUUGGUGAUGUCGUCAUGGCACGUCAAUAAGACUUGAUGAAUGAUAAGGCGCUGUAUGUUUGCUGACUAUUUAAAAUAUAUAUAAAUAUAUAUUGAUAAAGACUCGUUGCCUCACACACUCAGCACCUGACUGGCUGUUUUAAGCUGUGUAACCUAUUUGUGCAGUAUUUUAACAGAUGAAGCAGGUUAGAAGUCCCUCAGUAAAGAAGAAGUGUGCCUCUAAUCUGGGUGUAAAGUGUCUGUUUGGUCAUAUGAACAUGAGGGAAGAAACCCGGGGCGCCAUGACUCGGAAAAAUCCCUACAAGACCGGAGGAAUGGCGCUGCAUACACAGCUCUUCGAUAAUCGUCGCUAAACUAUAAAGGUUUCACAUUAAUUUCCUCACCAUGGCAGCCAAGUCAUCUCUACUAAAGGUGAUCCUGCUUGGGGAUGGUGGCGUGGGCAAAUCGUCCCUCAUGAACCGCUACGUGUCGGACAAGUUUGACGCGCACCUCUUCCACACCAUCGGCGUCGAAUUCCUCAACAAAGAGCUGGAGGUGGACGGGCGGCGCGUGACCCUGCAGAUUUGGGACACUGCCGGUCAGGAGCGCUUCCGCAGCCUGCGCACACCAUUCUACCGCGGCUCUGACUGCUGCCUCCUCACAUUCGGCGUGGACGACACACAAAGCUUCCUCAACCUCGGGCACUGGAGGAAGGAGUUUGCCUACUAUGCUGACGUGAAGGAGCCUGAGAGCUUCCCUUUCAUCAUUCUCGGCAAUAAAGUGGAUGUGUUGGAGCGGCAGGUCACCACCGAAGAGGCGCAGAGGUGGUGUUAUGAUAACGGCGGCCACUCGUAUUUCGAAACUAGUGCCAAGGACGCAACGAACGUCGCCGAGGCUUUUGAAGAGGCUGCAAGGCGUGUGUUGGCACUGGAGGAUCGUCAAGCACACGUCAUGCCCUCAGACGUUGUGGAUUUGCGCAGGAAGCCACGCUCUGGCAGUCGCUGUUGUUUGUAACAACUAGAUGUUCUGGCAAAGUCAGUCCACUGAUCAUUUAAAUCUGCCUAAUAGACUUUUAAGGAUUUACUGGAGCUGUGCUCUAUUAGUCUUUCAAGGUGUUUAGUCAUUCAGGGUAUAUUGAGUGUCUAGUAGUAGUAAGUCAAAGCGGUUUGGACUUUAGUUAUAAUCGUUAAAAAUAUUGGACCACUUGUUGGUUCUGGUCUGUGAAAUCAUCUGAGAAUCAUUGUCUAAAAUUCUGUUGAAGGCUCUUGCGUGAGUGGUGAAACACGUUCAGCAUUAUUACACAAACGGCUUUGAUUAACUGCUAUUGCAUUCAAAAUGACCCAGAUUGCCGCAAACCUUCAGACUAUUGGAGCCUCUGGCUGGCAGGUGGUGCUAGUGUGCAGGAAUAUCUGUAGCUCCAAGCCAAUAAGUCCUGCAGUUUUUGCAUUAGAGGCCUUUUUCAGGCCAGUGAAAUGUUGUGCACUCACGGGGAAUAGAGUUUAAUGUACACCAUACCAGUCAAAGUUUUGAGUACACUGAAUUGAAACAAAGUUUUGAAACUAUUAAAUGUGUCCUUAACCACUUACUAUCUCACUAUGUGGUGUGUUUUGAUUUAAUCCCUUACUUAGACAUGAGUUGCAUUUGCGAAUUUUAAAUGAUUGUGCAAAUGUCGUAAGUAAAUGCAUUGAGAUGGAUGUUUAUGUUUAAGUACAUGUUGAUUAAUAGUCUGGGGGGCGGCACUGGCCAAGUGGAUGGCCGUUUUCGAUUGAUCUAUGAGUUUGAUCCAUGUUUUCAGAUUUGAGAAAUAUGAUAUAAACCUCAUCAUGAGGGGGGUUUCCAGGAAGUGUACUAAAAACAGUUUGACUGAACAUAUCAUUUGAGCACCAUAUUUAUUUUUAUUUUUUUCUCCACAGUGCCUUUUCUCAUGAUGGAUAAAUAUUCAGUUGGGCAGCUUUAAAAGAAACUUGAAAGAACACUAGUGGGAAAUGAAACACUCCUGUGCACUGAUUUUAGCAUCAUCCACUUAAUGUGGCUGCAUUACACAAAUAAACAGUCUGACGACUCUAACACAUGACAACACAUAAUAAUAACUGCCCAACUGCGAUGACGUGUCAGAUCUACACUUAAGAACUUAUAAUGUGUAUGUGCAGGACUUGGUUUUUCAUUCAGUAGGAUCAGGAUGUAACGCUUACUUUGUGUCACAUGACCCCAUGAAAAAACCAUGCUUUAGCACCUUUCGUUUGCCCCCCGACCCCCCCCCCCCCCCCCCCCCCCCCCCCCCCCCCCCCCCCCCAGCAACACAAAACACUCAGUCCUUUAUGCAUAUAUCUGUGCUGUUUUACUAUAAAAGGGCAAUGAUUUCAUUUUAACUACACAUUAGGAAGGCCUUACCUAUUUACAUCUAGAUUGUAUCAUACUUUUUACUAUUAUGAUUUUACUAAGUAAGUAUGUUGGUCCUAAUGAAACAGCAAUCACUUUUAAUUUAACAGGCGAAUGUUGCCAUUUUCGAACUUAAUUUAUUGCAAAUUUGGCAUGAUUUGUUUUUCCUCUUAGCUGCACAACUAAGAAUAUUUUGCGUUGUUUUUUUUCUGAAUUAAUAUCUGUUGUGGAAUCUAUUUCUGUUUUCUGUCAGUAUGUUGCACAUAAAUAAGGGGCUGGAAAAUGUAUGCUUCCAAAAACAAGCUAUUCGUAAAUGUACACACUCAUCUCCAAGUCAUUUGUACCGUCAUGAACUUAACCUGCAAAAUCUCACUUAAAGUAUCGAAGCCAAAAUUGAAGCUCUAAAUGAGAUGUAUGUUUAUGUUUAAGGUGGUCCUUUAAUUGUUGUGUGAAUCUAAUUAAAAUCUUGGUCAACUCUU